CAAGGUGUCGCUCGCGCUUCAUAGACCGUAGUCGAAGAAUUUUUAUUUAAAAUUAAAACUAAACACUUAUUAUUGAUCUGUUUCUCUUUCUUCUUCAAUUUUCUAUCUCUGCAAUUUUCAUUCGUCUCUUUCCCGCUUUAGCCAUCGUCGGAAAGAUCUGCGUGAAAAAUUGAACGGCGCGUGUCUAUUUUCCAAAAAUUUCCUCCCGUUUUCCCCGUGAUUCCAUCUGUCAAGCAAUCUUAGAAAGGGAUUCUUCACCGGGAGCGCGUGCGGCGAUCGCGUGUUCAGCAGGCGCACCGUUGACGGCGGCGAUUGAAUUGUAUUGUGUCUGUUUUAUGUGUUGAGGGGAAGAGAGGAUGGCCGGAAUCGGCGGAAGAGAUGAGGACGGAAGAAACCGCCGGCCGGAUUCCGAUGAGGAUCAGGAUUUCAAGAUGGAGAGCGUCCGCGAGCGGAUCAUUUCGUCGCGAACGAGCCGAUUCAAUCUGAUUCAGAAACAGUUGAGGCUCGAGUCGAAUCGCAGAAGAUUUAGCCGCGAAAACCUCAUCAAUGGCAUCAAGUGCCUCGUUAUCCGCCCUGACAGCAGGUGGUACAGGGCGUGGACGAAGUUCAUACUGAUAUGGGCAAUCUACUCAUCCUUCUUCACUCCCAUGGAAUUCGGGUUCUUCAGGGGAUUACCCGAGAAUCUAUUUAUACUCGACAUUGUGGGACAACUUGCUUUCCUCCUCGACAUUGUUUUCCACUUCUUUCUUGCCUACCGAGACAGUCAGACUUACCGAAUGGUCUACAAGCGCACCCCAAUAGUCCUCAGGUACUUGAAAUCCACUUUUGUGACUGAUUUGCUCAGCUGUAUGCCCUGGGAUAUCAUUUACAAGGCUUGUGGGAGAAGAGAGGAGGUGAGAUACCUCCUAUGGAUAAGGCUAUUUCGGGUGCGGAAAGUCACUGAUUUUUUUCAGACGUUGGAGAAGGAUAUACGUAUAAAUUAUAUGUUCACUAGAAUUGUCAAGCUCCUUGUUGUUGAACUUUACUGCACACACACUGCAGCCUGCAUCUUUUACUACUUAGCAACUACUCUUCCUCCUUCUGAAGAAGGGUACACGUGGAUCGGAAGCUUAAAACUAGGGGACUACAGUUACUCAGAUUUCAGAGAUAUCGAUUUAUGGAAACGCUACACCACAUCUUUGUAUUUUGCCAUUGUCACCAUGGCCACUGUUGGUUAUGGAGAUAUACAUGCAGUCAACUUGAGGGAAAUGAUAUUCGUGAUGAUUUAUGUGUCACUUGACAUGGUUCUCGGUGCUUAUUUGAUCGGUAACAUGACUGCAUUGAUCGUUAAAGGAUCUAAGACAGUGAAAUUCAGGGAUAAAAUGGCAGAUGUAAUGAAGUACAUGAACAGAAAUAGACUUAGCAGGGAUAUCCGUGAUCAGAUCAAAGGUCACUUACGUUUACAGUAUGAAAGUAGUUACACUGAGGCUUCUGUUCUUCGGGACAUCCCGAUAUCAAUCCGUUCUAAGAUUUCCCAAACAUUAUACUUGCCUUAUAUUGAGAAUGUUCCUCUCUUUAAAGGAUGCUCUCCAGAGUUCAUCAAUCAAAUAGUUAUUAGACUCCAUGAAGAGUUUUUUCUCCCUGGAGAGGUGAUAAUGGAGCAAGGAAACGUAGUUGAUCAACUUUAUUUUGUCUGUCAUGGUGCGCUGGAGGAAGUGGGCAUAGGACAAGAUGGUUCAGAAGAUAUCGUAUCUUUACUGCAGCCCAACAGCUCUUUUGGACAGAUUUCAAUUCUUUGCAAUAUUCCUCAACCUUAUACAGUUCGAGUAUGUGAACUGUGCAGGCUCUUGCGCCUUGAUAAGCAGUCGUUUACAAAUAUCCUUGACAUAUACUUUUACGACGGGAGGAAAAUCUUGAACAACCUUCUACAGGGUAAAGACUCCGACCUUGGAAUUAAGCAAUUGGAGUCGGAUAUCACAUUUCAUAUUGGUAAGCAAGAAGCUGAACUUGCUCUCAAGGUGAACAGUGCAGCAUAUCAUGGAGAUAUGUACCAAUUAAAAGGUCUCGUCCGAGUGGGAGCUGAUCCAAACAAGACGGAUUAUGAUGGAAGGUCGCCUUUGCAUCUUGCAGCAGCCAGAGGAUUCGAUGAUAUAGUUCUUUUCUUAAUUCAGGAAGGAGUAAACAUUGACCUCAAAGAUAAUUUUGGAAAUACACCAUUAAUGGAAGCCAUCAAGAACGGGAACGAUCAAGUUGCUGCUUCGCUCGCUAAACAAGGUGCCUCAUUGAAGGUUGAGAAUCCUGGUAGCUUCCUCUGCACAGCUGUUGCUAGGGGUGAUUCAGAUCUUCUUAAGAGAUCAUUGUGCUAUGGCAUUGACCCCAACUCCAAAGAUUACGAUUCCCGAACUCCACUUCAUAUAGCUGCCUCAGAAGGGCUACAUUUGAUGGCAAAGUUGCUAAUAGAAUUUGGAGCUAAUGUUUUCUCAAAGGACAGAUGGGGAAACACUCCCCUUGAUGAAGGCCGAAUUAGUGGAAACAAGAAUUUGAUCAAGCUCUUGGAAGAGGCAAAAGCUACUCAGUUGUCAGAAUCUCCUUAUUCCCCUCGAGAAUUCACAGACAAAAAACACUCAAAGAAAUGUACAGUGUUCCCCUUCCACCCAUGGGAUUCCGAAGAACACAGAAAACCUGGAAUUGUGCUAUGGGUUCCACACACUAUUGAAGAGCUCAUCAAAGAAUCAUCAGAGCAGCUACAAGUUUCAAGUAAAUGUUGUAUAUUAUCAGAAGAUGGAGGUAAAAUUCUUGAUGUCCAUAUGAUUGAUGAAUCUCAAAAAUUGUAUCUAGUUGCUGAAACUCAUUAAAUGGGCGAUUGGCUAUUGUAGUGUGCAAAGAAUAAAUUUUUGGUUGGCAUUCUUCACCUUUGGCAGUGUUGCGAAACACCAAAUGAGUGUAAAUAUAAUGUUGAUAAGUCAAAAAAAAUAUAAUUUUAAUGGA